CCGCCAAUCAAAUAGCCAGGUUGGGGAGACGUCAUCAGAGAGUAUCGGGGAAGAAGCCCGUGGUUCUCCAACCCGGUGGCAGUCUACCAAGAGGAAGGACAACAAAGUUUUUAAAUAACAGAAAAAUGGCGACAAAUGUGGACCUGGACCAGACCCCAGAUGCCACUGCAGAGAAAUGCAGCCGUUUUGAACUGCUGGACUGGCUCAAUAAGACCCUGGACAUCAAAUUCACCCGGGUGGAGCAGAUAUGCUCAGGUUCCUGCUACUGCCAGCUGAUGGACUGGAUCUUCCCUGGGUGCAUCGACCUCGGCACAGUGAAGUUCCAGGCCCAGGACAUGUCAGACUUCCUCCACAACUACAAUAUGCUCCAAGCUGGCUUCAACAAGACUGGUGUCACCAAGCCUGUUCCAGUGGAGGAGCUGAUAAACGGAAAGUUCCAGCCCAACUUCAUAUUCCUGAAGUGGUUCAAGAAGUUUUUCCAGGCUAACCUGGCAGGGCAGGUGUAUAACCCUGUGGAGGCUCGCCAGGGCCAGGACAUCCAGCCUGCCAAAUUCCGCUUCCAUUCUCCUCAGAGACUUCACCUCAAGGGUCGCAAUUCUGCCAGCCGCAGCCCCAGUCAAUCAGGGGGGUUGGAAACCGACACGGAUGAAGAAGCUUUAGGGAAGUAUCAAAGGAAACUUAUUAUUUAUGAGGAUAUAUGGAAUGAGACUUACUCCUGGGUGGGGGCUAGCACUCUGGGAGAGAUCUAUGCCUACUGCAGUCUGUGCGAUCUUAACCUCAACAUCUAUCACUCAGGUCUAUUUGACCUGAAGUGUCACUCACAGUCCAAGAAGCACCGCAAGCUUUCCCUGACUGCCAGUUAUGGCACCCUAACGCCAGAGUCAGGGAAAAGCAGACAGGGCAGCUGCAGCGACCUUCCACCAUGUAGUGAGUUGGUCUUUCGCUUCAUUCAAGCCAACUGUGUCUCUGGUCCCUCCGGGGCUGGGGACCAAGUGUCUAACAGAUACUGCCAGUAUGUCCUGGGACUACAGUACCCGGAGGACAUAGUGUCUGCCUGCCAAAAGACUCCUUACUGCAUAUACAUGUAUGGAGGGGUGGUGCUAGGUCAGACUGACAUGGCUUCUGUGGUUCUAGUGGGAUAUUUUGAUGUAAAGGCAGCCAGGCACUGCAUCAGGCUGUUGAAUGUUCUGCAGCCUCCAAAUGAUGACAAUGCUGGAGAGAAAACAGCUGCAGCUCUGGUGGAGGACUUGGAGAGGUUUGGGCUUCCUGCAGCUAACCUCGCUGCUCUCUACUCAGAUGGUAAUGGUUCUGCCUCAGAGUCAAUAUGCUCACAACUCAGGGAACUCAACCCCAACAUGGUGAUGCUAAGUGGGCUGUAUGGAGUGGCUGAUGCAGCCUGCCAUGCUGGGGUGUCGGAGCUCUCCACUCAGGCCCAGGAGCUUAUUGUAGAUAUCUACUCCCACUACUCCUCCUGCUCCACCAAGGAUGACAACCUGAAGGAACUGUUUUCCAGCAUUAGCGGUACUGAUGGCCUCACCCUUCCCCUCACCACCUGCUGCCUUAAUUUCUGCAUGUUAGUCAGGAAGGUUUUGGGAAUGUGGACCGAUCUCAUCUCCCACUUCAGCUCCUGUAACAAAGAGGAUAACAUAGAUAAUAAGGCUAAGCUGAUCUGCACACAGCUGCAGGAUCCCAAACUCAGGGCUAUCUUCAUGUUUCUGGACCAGGCCCUAGCGCCCCUCCGUGUCUUCCAGGAGCGACUGCAUCACCAUGAGGGCUCAGCCCGGGCAGACUUGGUGCAGAUCCUACAGGAUGCCAGCGGCCUCCUGCGCUCCUAUGCCUCCAGUUUCCUCCGUCCUCAAGCCGUCGUGCGCUUCCUUAAGGAACGUGACGCCUUUCUCCUCAAGACCACAAAGUUCCACCUGCCAGGGGCAGAGCUGAAUAUGGGUGGGGCUGUAGUGGAGGACUUCCUGUGUGAGUCAUCAGAGACAGGAAGUGAAGCCCUGCAGUUAUUACAGGAACAGGCUCUGUCCUUCUACACAGCGCUCACAGCCAGCGUAGCGGAGGGGCUGCCUCUUAGUGACGGCGUGUUGAGGAGCAUGGCCCAGCUACUGAGCCCUCAGGGCAGGCUGAAGGUCACGGGGAAGGCUGUGGGAGAGCUGGGGGCCAAACUGGGACUCUGCAGUUCACCCGAGGAGAUCGGCCAGCUGAACAAGGAGUUCCUGGAAUACCAGCUGGCAGAGGAGGGAGAAAACAGAUGUGAUGGAGGGGCCCAGAAUGACUCGGCAGCACCCUCGCUGGAAAAACAUUGGAGCACUGUGCUGAAGGCUUCUGGGUCGACCACCAUCUUCAGGAAACUUAUUUUGACCCUCUUAGCCAUGCCCUGCCCCCCACUUGAAGCUCAGAAGGUCUUCACACAGGCUGUGGAGAAUGGGGAUGCUGCCCAGUUCGCUGACAGUGUGACAGACAGUGAGCUGGACUCCAUUCAGGAAGUAGACCUUACCAAUGAUAGCACUCUCUCAGACAACAUAAGUGUCAACGGGCUUGGCAGGAAGAAGAAAAGUCGAGAUCAUUCCAGAAAGAUUCCAUCAGAGGUGAAUUACCUUAAUGGGACAGUGAAGCCAUGCACAGUGCGGCUGCAGAAGAUAAUCAAUGGACCAAAGAAUGAGGACAAUACUGUGUUCGUUGAGGAUGAUGUCAUUUGGACAAAUACUAUGGAGGGCAACAUUAGGGGCAUUUAUGGCUGGGAGAGCAGUUUACGCCAGAAGCCACAGGCGAGAACUGUAUUUCAGGCUGGUGCCGAUGCUGGUGCUUGGGCCAAGCCACAGGUUCUUGACAACGACAGCAAAAGGGACCAGGAGUCUGAGGCUGCGACGCCCCUGAAGAAUGAGAAUCAAACAUCAGCAUCCAAUGUGUCUACUCUGAGUCCCAGGGCAGCAAAGAAGGGCGUUGAUUACCAGGAUGGGAAGGGUUUCCCCACUGGAGAGCUGGUGUGGGGAAAGGUGAAGUGCUUCUCCUGGUGGCCUGGACUGGUGGUGCUCUGGAAGUCCAACAAAACACCGCCUGUAUCCAUGCGCCGGGUAGAGUGGUUUGGAGACGGCAUGUUUUCCGAGAUCUGUACAGGGAGGCUUCUGCGUUUUGCAGCUUUUGCGAAGUGCUUCUGCAAGAAUUCCUAUGCCAGCUUGCCCACCUACAAAGAUGCCAUCUACCAGGUCCUUGAGUUGGCUGGUGAUCGCUGUGAGAAGUCCUUUCUUGCAGCGGGGAAUAAACAAGAGGAGCUUAAGUUGAUGCUGAAGUGGGCCCACAGUGGAUUCCAGCCCACUGGACCAGAUGGGUUCAACCCCCCAGCCCCUGCAGAUUUGAAGGCAGAAUCUUCAGACUCAGCUCUGUCAGACUACCAACCCCCAGCUAAGAAGAAGUCUGUGAAUAAGAACAGACCCUCCUCUGGGAAUCAGGGCUACAGCAGAGGGGCAAUGGUACAAGAGGUUAUGAAAGGCAAGAAAAUUGAAGAAUUCUGUUUAUCAUGUGGAACUCCCCAAAUCCACACCUUCCACCCACUGUUUGAAGGGAGUCUCUGCCAGAAGUGUAAGGAGAACUUUAUUGAGACUUUGUACAGAUACGACGAAGAUGGCUACCAGUCCUACUGCACUGUUUGUUGUGCUGGCCAAGAGGUCAUUCUGUGUGGCAAUGCCAGCUGUUGCAGGUGUUUCUGUAAGGACUGCCUGAACUUUUUGGUUGGCGAUGGAACCUUUAACCAGCUGAAGGACGUGGACCCAUGGAGCUGCUUCAUGUGCUUACCAUCCCAGUGCAACGGAUCACUCAAGCUACGGCCUGACUGGAGCGUGCGUGUUCAAGAGUUCUUCGUCAACAACAGUGCCCUUGAAUUUGAACCCCACAGGAUGUAUCCCUCCAUCCCUGCACAUCAACGCAGACCCAUCCGGGUAUUGUCUCUCUUUGAUGGGAUUGCCACAGGGUACCUGGUGCUCAAAGACCUGGGCUUCAUCAUAAAACGCUACAUUGCCUCUGAGAUCUGUGGGAACUCGAUUGCUGUGGGUAUGAUCAAACACCAGGGCCAGAUAGAGCAUAUCAACGACGUACGCACCAUCACCAGGAAACAUCUGGCUGAAUGGGGUCCUUUUGACCUCCUGAUUGGAGGAAGCCCCUGCAAUGAUCUGGCCUGCGUCAACCCUGCUCGGAAGGGCAUAUUUGAGGGCACAGGCAGGCUGUUCUUUGAAUAUUACAGGAUGCUGACCAUGAUGAGGCCAAGGGAAGAUGAUGAUCGGCCAUUCUUCUGGCUCUUUGAAAAUGUGGUGGCCAUGAGCGGUCAUGACAAGGCUGACAUCUGUCGCUUCCUUGAGUGCAAUCCCAUCCUGAUCGAUGCAGUAAAAGUGAGCCCAGCUCACAGAGCUCGCUACUUCUGGGGAAACCUCCCGGGCAUGAACAGACCUCUAGCUACCUCUCUGGAUGACAAAGUGAACCUGCAGGAUUGUCUGGAGCUUGGACGCACGGCCAAGUAUAACAAAGUUCGUACCAUCACCACCAAGUCCAACUCCAUCAGACGGGGGAAGAUGGGGCCCCUACCUGUCGACUUUAAUGGCAAGGAGGACACCCUUUGGUGCGCAGAGAUGGAGAAGAUCUUUGGCUUUCCCAAGCAUUACACUGAUGUCAACAACAUGGGUCGGAGCCAGCGGCAAAAAGUACUGGGCCAAUCAUGGAGUGUACCAGUUAUCAGGCACCUCUUCGCGCCACUCAAGGACUACUUUGCCUGUGAGUAGGAACCUCACGUUCCUGUAUGCUGCACUGUCAACAACAACAGCAACAUGAAAUGGCUGAUUGUUGGAGGGGAGGAUAAAAACAGUAUACUUAUCCUGCCCUGCUUUUCAGCAAAUGAAAUUCUUGUGUUUAUCAGACUGACCUCAAUCAUAUUAGUCUUUUUGUACCACUGUCUGUAUUGUCUGUUUUAUUUGUUUUCAGUUAAUGAGCAGCUGUUUCAAUGCAGUGUGGUCAUAUAAUCACAGUAUUCCCAGAAUGCACUGACACUUUUUGGUUAUUUUGGUUUGUCUGGAGUAGUUCACGUUUGUCAAUGAUGGUGAGGUCAGACCUCAAACCCUGCCCACUAUCUACCUCAAUACUGAUCUGUGUCUUAAAUCUGCAGUUUUCUGUAUUUCAUAAAAUUUUAUAAAUAGUCAUAAAAUCAUAUUCACUUGUAAAUAUGACUGAACCUUCUAAUGUUUUGUUACUUGAUUGGAAAAAAAGAUCCUCUGAGAAUGUAAAAUCUGAAAUUCAUAUUCAAACUAAGGCAGAAAAUGUGCCUUGAGUGUUUGUUUUGUAUUUUAACUUGGCCAAUAUUCACCAUUGCUACUCUCUCUGUGGUGCUAGAGUAUGUUUAGGUUUUUAAUGAUAGAGUUGGUCACAGGACACACAUUUUGACUUACAUUGUUUCACUUGCCAUUUAUAGACUUUAAUUUGAGUGAUAUAGUCAAGCAUGUGGAUACUAUAUAUACCUGCAUGCUUAUUUUCUUCAAAGAAAAAGUUGCUGAAAGCCAGUCCUAGCAGCUUUGAUUUAAAUAGUAAGCUGUGUACAUUCUCCCUCUCUUGGAGCAAUGGGCAGAGGACCGUUUUUUAUUGCAAGUGCCUACUAAACAAUUGUUUAAAACCCAGGAACAACACGUGUAGAACUAUUUUUCUCCUGUAAUUAUUAUUAAUUCUUUAUUAUUUCAAAGGGAGCUGGACAAAGCUCUGACGAAAGGAAUACAUCAUAAACGUUGUCACGUAAUCCUUUCAGUAAAUCAGACAGGCAGCGUGUAAGUUUGUGAAAGCAACUAUUUUAAAAUUCCCUUGUAUGUUCUUAGGGUGUUGAUGAAGGUCACAUGGAGGGCCUAGUCAUAAAAUACCCACUUCGGUUUCAUGCCUGUGUUUGACGGUGUGUUAAGUUGAAGUGAUGUUUUAACUCCAGUGUUCUGUUCACCUCUCUCAACAAGUUUGUUGAAAUAUACCACAACACAACCAUCUUUCAUAGAACAACUUGAAGUUACUCUACAUUCUGAAAUCAUAAGUACUGUUUGUCAUUUGGGGUUAUUGAGAUUCUUAACUCAUUAUCAGUUUAGUUUUGGAUCCUUGUUCCCCUCCAGCAUCCAUACCUUCCUCUCAUGCUGUGUGUCAGUGUGGUGAAUGACAUCAAACUUCUCUUAACUCAGAGAGCGAACACAUACUCGAUACCAAAUGUGUUUUUUCUUACCAUUUCUGUUUUUAAUAAGCACCAUCAGUUGCACACCGUCUGGACUGUGAUUUGCGUACGUAAGAUGCUGGCCUUAUUAAUUCGUUUUUUUAAAUGAAACAAAAGGAAUGAACAAUAUCGUUCUGUGUACUGUGUUUUAAUAAUACUUUUAUACCAAUACCUCAAAUGUUAUGUUAUUAGGGUCUUCACUAGACUCCUGUUGGUGCUAUAUUAUGCAAUUGUUUUCUUAUUUUCUUGCAUGGUAUGUUUAAUAUUGAUAUAAUAUUGGUCAGGUUGUAUAAAACAUGUCUACUUGUCCACAGACUAGUUUAAUGUAUAGUUGUCAGUCUCAUAGCCCCAUGUAAAGCUUUUGUCCCACGUUUACAGUCGUGUUAGAGAUUAGAAAUAAACUUCCCAAAUUGUAUUAUUUGUACUUUGUCCUUGUUGUCAGUCGGUUAAUUUAUUGAUUUUAUAUUAUAGUGUGUGUGCGCUUAAAGCUUAUAGGUGGUCUCUGGGACCAUAGCCUAUUGUGUACACUCCAAGCCUGUAGGUGAAAUGUGUUAUUGUGGUUUUAUACAAGGCCAUAUAUUAAUCUUAACCUGAGCAAAGAAAUGAAACAGUGGUGUGAAGAAGAUCAUGUAAGAAUAAUAGUGGAUCAAUAUAUUAGUAAUACGUUGUAUUCUUGUUUGGCAGUGUACACAGAUGGUUUGAAGGAUCCCAUUGACGUGACUACAGGAACAGGUGUAUUUAUUCCUGAGUUCAAUGUUUAUCUAUGCAAGAUAUUAACAAAUAAUAGAUCGGUAUAUUCAACGGAAAUGGUCGCAAUAAUUGUUGGAUUGAGAUGGAUAGAGGAUGUGCAACCAAGAAGAGUAUAAAUGUGUAUGGAUUCUGCAUCAGUUUUGUGUAGUUUAUUAUCUGGAAAAUCAGAGUGAGAGGAUUUAUGGUUUGAAGUAAUUACGAUUUUGUUAGAAUUACAAAGAAAUGGUACAGAGGUUUUGUUGGAUUCCUGCUCAUACAGGAGUCAAUGUAAAUGAUAUAGUAGAUACUGUAUAAUUGCAAAGAAAGCAAUGUAAAUGAAUAAAGUGGAUAUGCAGGUGCAGUUUGGUAGAGGAGAGGUUAAAACAUUGAUCUGAAAGACUGGGUUGGAUUGCUGGCAGAGGCAAUAGGAUGCAAGUUCUAAGGGGAUACAUUUUUAUAGUACAAGGAAAGCUGUAUGGGCGGUAACCAAGUGCCAUGUAAUGGGAACAGAAGGGAGGAAGUUAUCUUGAGUAGAAUGAGAUUAGGGCAUAUGGGAUUGAAUUCUUCGAAAUUGACAUGAUACAGGAAUAUGUGAUGGGUGUAUGGUAGAGGAAACGGUUGAUCAUGUAUUAUUAGUCUAUUGUGAACUGAAUGAUGUAUGAAGGGAGAGUUUGUUUGAUAGGGCCAGGGGUGGGGGGGGAGUUAGUGAGGUUUGUAGGGAGCGCCACACUGGAGCUCCCCAGGGGUGCGUGCUCAGUCCCCUCCUGUACUCCCUGUUCACCCACGACUGCAUGACCAGGCACGACUCCGACACUAUCAUUAAGUUUGCAGACGACACAACAGUGGUAGGCCUGAUCACCGACAACGACAAGACCGCCUAUAGGGAGGAGGUCAGAGACCUGGACAGGUGGUGCCAGAAUAACAACCUAUCCCUCAACGUAACCAAGACUAAGGAGAUGAUUGUGGACUACAGGAAAAGGAGGACUGAGCACGCCCCCAUUCUCAUCGACGGGGCUGUAGUGGAGCAGGUUGAGAGCUUCAAGUUCCUUGGUGUCCACAUCAACAACAAACUAGAAUGGUCCAAACACACCAAGACAGUCGUGAAGAGGGCACGACAAAGCCUAUUCUCCCUCAGGAAACUAAAAAGAUUUGGCAUGGGUCCUGAGAUCCUCAAAAGAUUCUACAGCUGCAACAUCGAGAGCAUCCUGACUGGUUGCAUCACUGCCUGGUACGGCAAUUGCUCGGCCUCUGACCGCAAGGCACUACAGAGGGUAGUGCGUACGGCCCAGUACAUCACUGGAGCUAAGCUGCCUGCCAUCCAGGACCUCUACACCAGGCAGUGUCAGAGGAAGACCCUAAAAAUUGUCAAAGACCCCAGCCAUAGACUGUUCUCUCUACUACCGCAUGGCAAGCGGUACCAGAGUGCCAAGUCUAGGACAAAAAGGCCUCUCAACAGUUUUUACCCCCAAGCCAUAAGACUCCUGAACAGGUAUUCAAAUGGCUACCCGGACAAUUUGAAUUGUGCCCCCCCCCCCCUCCCCCAACCCCUCUUUUUACACUGCUGCUACUCUCUGUUUAUCAUAUAUGCAUAGUCACUUUAACUAUACAUUCAUGUACAUACUACCUCAAUUGGGCCGACCAACAAUUACUCCCGCACAUUGGCUAACCGGGCUAUCUGCAUUGUGUCCCACCCACCAACCCCUAUUUUACGCUACUGCUACUCUCUGUUCAUCAUAUAUGCAUAGUCACUUUAAACAUAUCUACAUGUACAUACUACCUCAAUCAGCCAGACUAACCAGUGUCUGUAUGUAGCCUCGCUACUGUAUAUAGCCUGUAUUUUUACUGUUUUAUUUAUUUACCUACCUAUUGUUCACCUUAAUACCUUUUUUUGCACUAUUGGUUGGAGCCUGUAAGUAAGCAGUUCACUGUAAGGUCGACACCUGUUGUAUUCGGCGCACGUGACAAAUAAACCUUGAUUUAAUUUAUUUUAUUAGAAAUGCUGGGUUCGGUAGCUAAGAGUUUGACUUCCGAGUGGCGCAGCGGUCUAAGGCACUGCAUCUGUGCUAGAUGUGUGACUACAGACCCUGGUUUGAUCCCGGGCUGUAUCACAACCGGCCGUGAUCGGGAGUCCCAUAAGGCAGCGCACAAUUGGCCCAGCGUCGUCCGGGUUAGGGGAGGGUUUGGACGGGGUAGGCUAUCAUUGUAAAAUAAGAAUUUGUUCUUAACUUACUUGCCUAGUUAAAUAAAGGUAAAAUAAAUAUAAUAUACAGGUAACUGCCCAAAUAAAGGAAACACUUGAGUAAAUGAGGGAUACAAAGUAUAUUGAAAGCAGGUGCUUGCACACAGGUGUGGAAUUAACUUCCCAUCAUGGUUAGGGUCAUUUAAAAAAAAAAUGUGUGCCCAUUAUUUUGUUUACCAGGCUAGAACAAGAGAUCUGUGACUUUUGAAAGAGGUGUGAUUGUUCCCACACAUUUGGCAGGAGCUCCAGUGACGAAGACUGCUCAACUUGCCGAUGUAACACGAUUUGCCAUGGUGUGUUCCCAGGUGUGUUCCGAGAAUUUUCAAUCACAAUGAUAACUAACAAUCAAUAGCUUUGACCAAUCCCCGAGGUUUGUAAGACCAUGGGUUUAAUAAUAAUUAGUGUGAAGGAUGGUUUUGUUCUCUUUUAACAUAAAUAUAUGCCUUAUAGAAAAGGACAUGUUAAUCACAAAACAUAGCGUGACUGCAGAAAAGCUGUUGUUAAUCUAGGGUGUCGACUGUGCAAACCACAAGGUUGAGACAAGAUGGAAAAAUGCUGAAUAACAAGAAAACAGGAACUGAGGCAUGUGUAGAAACCAACAAAUCAGCUCAAUCUUCACAAACACCAUUCCGGACAUUUGAAUCCUGAGUGCUGUGUCUGGGCACCACCGAUAGGCUAGCAAGUUUAAACCACGCUAAGCCUCUACUGUGACUGGCCAACUCUAAAGUUGGAACUACCUCUGUCACAGUAUAAAAGAAGAUGUCUGUACUAUUUCAAUCAGUUCUCUCCUUUACCCUGCGUGGUGAUACAGUGAACCCGUAUAUACGAAAAUUGCAUUUACCAUUUAUCACUUGUGUUAAAUAAAUAUAAUUAAAGUAUAUUCGGUGACUCUGAAUCACAUUUGAUCCUGAUACUAGAUUUGAUUGACGCAACCUUUUACAUGGUGACCCCGACGACGUGAUCUGGUAAAGGACUUCGCUGGACAUUGGCGGGCCAGCCAAAUUGACCAUUACUGUUGUCGAACGGUGUUUCUCACAAAAAAGACCGGUCAACUAAAAAAAAGAAGGUAAGCAGAUACCUACUGUAAAUAACUAAAGAUCUGCACAUUGGCAUUAUCCAAAUUUAUUUUGUGAGAUACCCGUUUGAUGUAAGUAACCAAAUUUUAUUCGUUUAUAUUGGUAAAAAUCAUAAGGAAUACAUAGUGGUGAAUGCAAUUUUGACUGGCCAGGUAUUCUAUGAUAUAACGAACAAAUGUGAUGUACUGGGUGAGAUGCCAAGCGUGUAUGAAUAAGGGUGAGAUGCCCAAUGGGCUAUAUGUCCAAAAGCAUGAGUGAGGGUGGGGAUUAAUACAACAGUGAAUGAAGUGUAUUAAGGUGAGAUGCCGAGUUCGUAUGGUGUAAGUUGAAGCUUACUGGUGUGAAUGAAGAUUUAGAGACGCUCAAAUCGUAUGAAUGAAGUACACUUGAUAUUUCAGUAGGAGCUGGUAUCAGUUUGAAUGAGGUCAGGGACCUUCAGAUGAGAUGUCUACGUUGUAUUAACUGAAACUGCCAAGUGACUGCAGUACAUUAGAUAUUUCAGUUGGAGCUGGUAUCGGUGAGAAUGAUUUUUAAAGGUCGCGGACCUACGGAUGAGAUGUCCGUAACAGAGUUAUAUCAUUGAAUAUUGAGGAGGUGUGCAUGAAAUACGAGAAAAGUGAUACAGUAAAGUACGUUAAGAUUGGCCCUGAAUGUAUACACUCCCUAUUAUGUGCGACUGGGAUUAAUACACAGUUGAAAGAAUUUCUUAUAUUAGGGAUCUGCUUUCCAUUUAGUAAUAAGUACUAUAGCUGAGGAAUUUUUAAUUAAAGAGAGUAACAGUGUGAAUGUAUAUCCCUAUGUAAACGCAUAUCCUGAUUUGAACUGUACUAAUCUAUUAGAACAUUUGAUAAAAUUACUAAACCUGUAUAUUCAAACAUUUGACAAAAAUGACUAAAUCCGUAUAUUUAACCGCAACGUUGAAUUUAACAUUGGGUAUUGUGGGAAUGGACUUUCUAACUUGAUUGAUGAGUAUUGAGAAAGGUCCAUAAUAAAAACGGGGAACGCGAUACAAUUUGAACAUUCCCCACCGGGUGUGGCCGUUAUUUCCAUAUUCUCCCGUGUCCAAUUGAAUAAUUACUGUUUCAGAGUGACAAGUAUAUUAAUAAGGAUAAUAGAAAAAUUAGUUGAGCCCAAUUUGAAACCUCAAAAGUAUAUUCCUAUUUAAACUUACCCCAGGAGACAAAUAAAAACCCUAUCAUGGAGCACCAAAAUGUUGAGAAAGUUUUAAAGACUCUGAAAUCUACAUUGGAGAUAAAUGGUGGAAAAGAUGGAAAGGAAUGGAAGAAGAGAGGAGAAAAACAAUAUAGAGGAGGGCAGCAUUGCCGCGCCCACUGGUCUCCCAGUCGACGGGGAGCCCGGUAGAAUACUGGAGACUCUGAAACGUAAAACAUAUAAAUCCAGUUCCGAGUGGAAACAAGAGGGAGAGAUACGGUUAGUUAGUGUUUGUUUAGGAUAUAAACUGAACGUUUUAAUAGCUUGUUUAGGUUAAAUUGAAAGACUAAUCAAUUCUAAAUAAUAACGAAGAGACAAUUACGAUAGAGUUAUGCCCAUCGGAAUGUUAUUAUUCUUAUGACUUGACUGACAUGUUAUAAAUUUAGCGGUAUGUGUUAUUGUUAAAGUCUUGGACAUUUAAUAAGUGAUAAGUGGAAGGAGAAAGUAGUAAAGUCUGGUUUUAAUCUUACGAUAAGAGGUAAGAGAAAAACGUUGUUGGCAGAGGGGUAUAUUUUUGCCCAACAUAACGAAAGAAAAAUAGAAUAUGUUAAGCUGAAAGUGAUUUAGGUGUGAGUAUUGAAACAUUGUGAUAAUGUAUUCUGAUGGUUAUUGAUUAUUGGUUUGAUUGUUUAGUUAACACCAGUGAAUUUGAGCAGGAAAGUUCAUGGAUUCUAACAUUAUAAUCUGUUUCCAGUACGUGGAACCAGGUGAAAUCGGUAAAGGGGAUUGCAGUUUGAGUAGUUUUUAUUUUAAAGGGACAGUGCAUCAUUAAUCACAGUUGUGUGUGUCUAAUGGGGUUUGAGGGGAUUUUCAUGUUUCCCAGUGACAAGAUAUCAUAAAGGGAUACACUCACAUUUGGAAUAUUAGAAGUUUUUUUUUCUGAGUUGAAAUUAAAUACAGGAUUUCUUUUGAUAAAGGAAGGUUCUGGAAACCUGGAUAAAACAUGCAGAAAAUGUUUGACUUAAAAAAUAUAUAUGUUUAAUGUAGUAAGGAACACUUCUUUGAAGUGGUGGUAUGACUUAUGACUUCUAUCAUAACUUUCUGUUGUGGUCUGAUCAGCCUCAUUGGAGAGCCAUUUGGAUGGAGAAUCUAAGGUCAUUGGUAAUACUGAGUUUAAGGUAAUUUGAUACAUCAAGGCGGUGAAAUUAAUAUUAUAGUGUAUUAUAUUUUCUUAGAUGAAUACGGUGAGAAAAUUUGUUAGGAUACGUCAACAACAAAAAAGGUAGACUCAUGUUAAGUAUUUAGGACAUAUUUUAAACCAACAGGGCAGGUAAAAAAGAUGAAGGUAGGAACAUAGUGAUUUUAUAAGCAUUGAAUUUAAGUAUGAAAAGAGAAAUGUUGCAGUUCUUAGGGAUGGUAAAUUACGGUAGAUAAUGGAUCCCAUACUAUGCAAUAUAUAUUAAAUUAUAGAUGAGACUGAUUUAAGAUUAACCCAGGUUAUUGUUAGAUAAAAUACAGUGGACUCCCGAAGGAGAGAUUUCAUUAGUACAGAAAACAUGUUUAACAGUAUUUUGGCUUUAUCAAUUCAAGUGGAGAUUUGUGUUUAAGUGGUAGAUGGAUGGUAGUGGAUGACAAGGAUAUAUGACAUCUGUGGUGAUUCAGGAUUAUUGAUAGGAUCGAGAUAACCUUAUUUAACCAAUGUAAGGACUUUAGAAAUUGCCACCAUAGACAUUUUUUUAAUUCCAUGAGUUCAGAUAAAGCCAAAUAGUGAGACACUUAGUUAAUGUUUGGAAACAACACAUAGUUGUUACUGACUGAUAUGAGACAGAGCUACAGACAAAUAGGGGAAAGGGCAGACAGAGGGGCCCUCCCCGCACUGCUGAGACCUUGAAGGUUUGAGAGCAGAGAGGAGAAAGUUUAGCACAACAGGCUGAAAUAGUAGCAUUGACUAGGGCCUGUGAAAUAAAAAAGGAGACCAUACAAAGCAGCACAGAUAACUCUUAAAGUAGAUAAGAAACUUGAAAGAGUAUUGAUACAAGGGCGGAGCCAUGUAUCAAAAGGGGGAUGGAAUAGGGCACUUUGUGGUGUGGCCUAUUAGUUAAUAAUAAAUACAAAUAUAUAUAUAUAUAUAGCGUUCCCAACUUACUUGGCGGACACGAGUAUGGUAACUGAAAUAUUAGGUCAAGAUAUUAUCCCUAGAGUUGGUUUACUAGGAUAAUAAUGGAGGACAUUCUAGCUAAUCAGAUAGAACAAAUAGAAUGACAGAGUUAGGGACCAGAACAAGUAGGCAAAGAAGAAGAUAUAAUCAGAUAGAAUAAAUGAGAAAUUGUUUGUUAACCAAGCCUGUAUGUCCAAGAUUUUAUGCACUACAGGUGAAUUACAGGAGAAGGUGAUUCAUGCAAUCCAGUCCAUGAGGAGAAUAGGUGGAAUGCAGCCCCGUUGGGAGGGGCCAUACCAAGUAUUCCUGGUGACAGCCUUUGCGGUGAGAAUAGCUGAAAGAGCUACCUGGGGGCAUAUCACACAUUGUAGGAGGGUAAGACACACUGACACUGUCAAACAAUCACAAGGGUAGGAGCAGAACCAACAGGGUACUGGGGGCCAACUCUCUACUGAAGAUUCCCUUAUACCCGACCUUUCCCCGCUGUGAGCGUUCAUAGAAGUGAAAGUGUGGCUUGGCCUCUGGCUGAUGAUGUGUUCUCUGGGAGAGGGUGGGGCUUUACAGGAGUACUGGUUGUUCUGAGCUGUCUGAUUGUGGGAGCCAUAUUCCUGAUAUACCAUGAGCCCCCGAGAAGGCUAAAGAGGGUAACCUGACCCAUAGUUUAGACGAUGAGGAUUUUGUAUUAACCAAGCAUGAAGGAUCACUUAAUCUGGAUAAGCAGGGAAGAAAUUGAGAUAUUUGUGGAACCAGGAGAAUUGAUCCAAAAUGUUUGGUUUUAACACCUGUGAAUAGGAGGGUGCCAGUGUACCUGUGUAAUGGGCAUGGGUGUGCUUAUUGGGAUUACAUGAUUACAAAUACGGGUCCUUAUUGGGAAUGGAGGAGGGGUUACCCGUACAGCAUUAGGGACCCGACAAAAGUAGACAGGUUUUCCAUUAUCUGGGGAAGGGGUGAGGGGCAGUCUGAUGUUUGUAAAGGUGAUGAAAUCCUACUAACCAUUAAGGCUGUUAAGCUCUCCGAUGCAGGUACCUAUACCCUGGGAUUGGAAAGAAACGGGGCAGAUACGAUGGGAAUGUUCACCAUAACCGUGCUGCCAAAACCACCACCAGCUCCCACUGGACAGGGACAGUCGAACUACUCCACCACUCCAGGUGCAACUCUAAAUCCACCAACUAAAAUAUUGAACCCGGUGCAGGUAAUAAAUGUUAAGGAUAUCACAGACAGUGACCAAUUAGGCACUGAAACUGGUUAUGAGGGGAGGGAAAAUAUGUGGUUAGCCUAUAUGAGGUAUACAGCUAAAACACUCAACAGAAAAGACUGUGUUAUCUGUGGGCAUGCUAGACCUGUUCUGGCAACACACCCUUUUGCUCUAGGCACGAAUUCCAGGCACUAAACCGGAAUGAUGGCCUGUGCUACUUAUUGCCCAUUAUUGGCCCAGCCAUUGUUGAUGCUAAACAAACUGCCUGGAUCAAUUAUAUCUAUUACAAUCAGCAACGUUUUGUUAAUUACACCCACACUGCACUCACAGGUAUGGCUGAACAAUUGGAGGCUACCUCUAGAACUGCCAGGCAGAAUAGGCUAGCUUUGGACAUGCUCCUUGACAGUCAGGGAGGGGUCUGUAAAAUGUUUGGGGAACAAUGCUGUACUUUCAUCCCUAAUAACACCAGCCCUGAUGGAAGCAUUUCAAAAGCUCUAAGUGGUCUAGAUAAACUAUCUGUGGAAAUGAAGGGCUUGGCUGGAGUGGAGGAGGGGGGACUGUUCUCCUGGUUGGGUGGCUGGUUCGGUAAGUACACUGCAUUGAUGGUUACUGGAUUUCUGAACCUCAUUGUUGUAUUCCUUAUGUUGAUGUGCUGUGCCGCUUGCAUCAUACCCUGUUUGAAGAAAUCUAUUACAGAUGUGGCGCGGGCUUCAGGUAUGAUGCCAUUGCUUGAGGCUCUGGAAGGGGACGCUGACACUGAGUCUAACUUCCGGAGAAAAAUGGGGCUGACUGAGGAUGAUCCUUGGUUCGCUGUGGGUAAGGAUGUGGAAUGAAAAAGUUGAUCAUCAGUAGCUUAAUGUAACUAACAUACAUGUAAGAACUUGUCCUCCCUUAUGUGAAGGUUUAAAGAUCCUGGGUGGCAAGGAGCCCACCUGGUACAAGAUAGGUGUAGUAGGGAGGACCAGAUGGUUUUAAUGUUUUCUACAAAUAUACUCUGUGUUUUCUAAUAUCAAUAAUGUUGUUUUUGGUGAGUGACACCCUUGCGGGUGUCAAAAGGGGGAAUCAUAAAAACACCAAUAAAAAAGAGCUGUGUUCUGAAUGGUCUUUAAGGGUUUAAAGUUCCCUGGGUUUAACUACAACCUGGUAUGUGUGUCUCGAUCAUUGAACGAGAUGGUAUCUUUUUCUUAGUUUUUACACCCGCGAGCGGUGUAAAAAGGGGGAUUGUGAAGGAUGGUUUUGUUUUCUUUUAACAUAAAUAUAUACCUUAUAGAAAAAGGACAUGUUAAUCACAAAACAUAGCGUGACUGCAGAAAAGCUGUUGUUAAUCUAGGGUGUCGACUGCAAACCACAAGGUUGAGACGAUGGAAAAAUGCUGAAUAACAAGAUAACAGGAACUGAGGAAUGUGUAGAAACCAACAAAUCAGCUCAAUCUUCACAAACACCAUUCCGGACAUUUGAAUCCUGAGUGCUGUGUCUGGGCACCACCGAUAGGCUAGCAAGUUUAAACCACGCUAAGCCUCUACUGUGACUGGCCAACUCUAAAGUUGGAACUACCUCUGUCACAGUAUAAAAGAAGAAGUCUGUACUAUUUCAGUCAGUUCUCUGCUUUACCCUGCGUGGUGAUACAGUGAACCCGUAUAUACGAAAAUUGCAUUUACCAUUUAUCACUUGUGUUAAAUAAAUAUAAUUAAAGUAUA